GAAAGUCAGAACCGGGUGAGCCAUCGUCGGAACGUUCCAAUGAAAUACGAUCUACUAGUGUCCGAUACGAAAUCGCGGAGGCGUGCGCUCAUUCUGGAAGAAUAACUUGUAAAAUCUUCGGCAACCUCGGACUGCCGCGCACGGUAAACCGCCACCAUUGUUCCCAGAAGACAAUUGCGUUUCUCACGCUUCUUCCUCUUCUUGGGAGUAUAAAUUCUUUCGAUCGAGCUCGCGAGACCUCCAGUAUUUAACCGAACGCCGGACCGAUCGUUUCGCAAUCGUCGGAUUUACCCGAUCUUGCAUAAGAGACGAGAAAGAACGCUUUGUCGUUGCCGCGCCGUAUGCGUUAUCUUGUGCAAAGAUGAGGACUCUCGUUGCCAUCUUGCUCUGCGUCGUCUCCGCCGUCUCCGCCGUCUCCGCCGUCUCCGCCGUCACCGGGAGCAAUGACACGGAGAACACCUUCGAGGUCAGGACACCAUUGGGAUCCGUUCGUGGAUCCUUUCUGACUACGAGACUCGGGAAGAAAAUAUAUUCCUUCCGCGGCAUCAGAUAUGCAGAACCACCUGUUGGGCAACAACGAUUUCAGCAAGCUGUUCCGGUCAAACCUUGGAGCGAUGUCUUCGACGCCACCGAAGAAGGACCAUCAUGUCCUCGCUACCUAGGAGAAAUCGUAUCAGAAGAUUGCCUACGACUAAACGUAUACACGACAAAGCUGCCAUCGCAAAAUCCUGCCGAAGACAAAGACAUGGGUCGAUCGGUAUUGGUAUUCUUCCAUCCUGGGGGAUUUUACGGAUUUUCUGGCCAGAGUUACAUCGAGGGACCUCAAUACCUCCUCGAUCAGGAUAUUAUCCUUGUCACUGUUAAUUACCGGCUUUCAACAUUGGGAUUCAUCAGCACUGGGGAUUCGUUAGCACCUGGCAAUCUCGGUUUGAAGGAUCAAGUCGAAGCUCUUCGAUGGGUUAAAAGAAAUAUCGUAGCGUUCGGUGGCAACUCUAACAGCGUUACUAUUUCCGGAUAUUCGGCCGGUAGUUGGAGUGUCAUACUCCACAUGGUCUCCCCGAUGUCGAGAGGACUUUUCCACAGAGCUAUUGCGAUGAGUGGAUCACCCACGACUCCUGAACCUCUUCCCACCGAACAAAAACAUCUCGCGAAGAAGCAAGCUGAGCUCUUAGGAUGCCCAACUGAUACAACUGGGAACAUGUUGCUCUGCUUGAACACGAAGACCAUAGACGAAUACGUAGAAACUCUAGGGAAAUUUUCGGAAUGGCACGGUGAUCCGAUUUUGGUCUGGAGUCCCGUUGUUGAACCUGAAGUUCAUGGCAGAGAACGUUUUCUCCCUGCUCAACCGGCUGACUUGAUACGAGAAGGAAACUUCCAUCAAGUACCUCUUAUCACAGGAGUUACCAAAGACGAAUUCGGUGGCGUUGUCGUCGGUCUGCUCGAAGAGUCCAAGAAGGGCAAUGACUCGACUUUCCAGGAUCUAAAUCAAAAUUGGGAACGAAUUGCGCCAAUAAGUUUCCAAUAUGAGCGAAAUACCAAUCGAUCUCGAGAAAUCAGCAACGCGCUCAAAGAAUUCUAUUUCAAAGGAAAACCAAUCAGCAAAGACAACGUCGAUGGACUCGCGCAUAUGUACGCCGACAGCAUAAUUAUUUUCCCGGAGCACCGUCUCGUUAAUCUCGUAGCUGCGGCUUCCAAGGAACCAGUGUACUAUUAUCAAUUCGCUUAUCAAGGACGCUACAGUUUUGCAACGUGGCCAGACACUAAGAAACCAUACGGCGUUGUACAUCAUGACGACAUGUUGUACCUCUUCUACGUGAGCUUCUUUCCUUACUUCGAGGAAGGCUCACCUGAAAUACCCACCGUUGAGCGCAUGACCGCCAUGUGGGCAAAUUUCGUGAAAACUGGAGAACCGAUACCGAAGGACAACCCAACAUUCAAAGAUGUCGUUUGGGAAGUAUUCACGCCAAGUAAUAAAAAGUAUCUGCAAAUCACCGACAACCUGACAAUCAAGUCCGGCCUCUACGAAGAUAGAAUGAAAGAAUGGGAAAAACUAUUCCCUUUGAAGCCACUAUCGCAAUCAACGAAACACUAAUAGUCUUGGGAUUCUAAGUUGCAUACUUGCGACGUACCACCGUUGAAUCUCCGCAAAAUGUGCUCUUGACUUCUGAUUAAUGUUAUCCAGCAGUUUCUCAGCACGGUAUAUGAUGUCAGAUUUGUAAAAAAUCAAAUAAAAACCAUUUAUUUCCAACAAAAGUAA